AUGAAGUCUUUCUCCCCCGUUGCUCUGGCCUUGAUGGCCGCCUUUGGCAUGGCCGCUGCUGACCCUUCUGCUUCUGACUGCGCUACCAUGUGUCUCUCCAACAUGAGCGCCCAGGCCUCCGAAUUGGGUUGCAAGGCUGGUGACCUCGCCUGUCUGUGCAAGAGCAACAACUACAAGUACGGUAUCCGUGACUGCGUCAAGGAGGCUUGCCCUAGCGACGAUGCCGAGAAGGUUCUCGCUAUGGCCGUCGCCAAGUGCCCUGGCGGUGUCGCUGGCUCUGAUGCUAGCUCUAGCUCUGCCUCCGGAUCCGACUCCAGCUCCACCUCUGGCUCUAGCUCCGGUGCUGGUGGUGACUCCACUGCCACCGGCUCCGACGCCAGCGUGACUGGCACUGGCGCCUCUGGCUCCAAGACUGCCACCGGCUCUGAUGCUAGCGCCACUGGCACUGGCGCCUCUGGCUCCCAGACUGCCACCGGCUCUGACGCCAGCGCCACUGGCACUAACGCCUCUGGCUCUGGUGCUAGCGGCUCUGCUACCAACACUGGCUCCGUUUCCACUGUUACCAGCACUGAUGCCUCCGGCUCUAUGGUGACCAAGACUAGCACUGGCGCCUCUUCCACUUCCACCGGCUCCGGCAGCGGCUCUGAGUCUGGCUCCAGCUCCAGCUCUGACUCCGGCAGCUCUGCUUCUAGCUCCGCUGCCGGCUCUGCUUCUUCCACCACCAGCGAUGGUGCCGCUGCCUCCAUGGCCACUGCUGGCACUGGUGCUAUGGGUGUCCUCGGCAUGCUCGCUAUCCUCGCUCUGUAA